UCGAGCCACAAUUCGUCAACCAUGGACAGCUCACCAACUGCACUCUUUGAGAAUUAUGAUGAAGACCUCAAGCAACUCUUCGGCAGCUUGAAGAGCAAGCUCGAUGGCGAGGCGAAGUCUCUCACUGGAGAGCAAAGGAAGGCGGCGCUGAAAAGGGUGUCUGAAGAGAUUGACGAGGCAGAAGAGAUUGUUGCUCAAAUGGAGGUAGAACUCCCAUCCAUGCCCACAUCCAUCCGUCAAACAUAUCAAGGUCGUCUUGCAGCCUCCAAGCAGAGCCUUGACAAAAUCAGAAAAACUCUUAAAGACCUCCGUCUCCAAUCCCAACGAUCUGAUCUCCUCUCCGGACCUGGGUUCCCCCACGGAGACGACCCAUACACCGACGAUCCGGAACCUUACUCUACCCGAUCCCGUCUACUAGCUGGCACGCAGACUCUUGAAGAUGGCACCACCAGGCUCGAUAAUGCGCACAGGAUUGCACUGGAGACUGAAGGUGUUGGAUCUGAAAUUCUUCGAAAUUUGAGAGGGCAGAGAGAUCAAUUGGAGAACACUAGGGAUACUCUUGUCCAAGCGGACUCUUCUAUUGAUCGAGCAGCGGGUACACUUAAGAAGAUGAUCUUCAAAAUGUACCAACAAAAAUUCCUCUCGGCAGGUAUCAUCGUCGUCCUUGUCCUGCUCAUCCUCCUCGUUCUCUACUCCAAGUUCUUUGGAUAAACAAUUUCCGCCCCUUUUGGGACAAUUUUGACCAUCCCACUUUGGCGCUUGGUGCGGUUUGCAGAGGAAAGGUUUCCUCAAGCACAAGGCUGUGUUGUACGCUGCCCACAAGACACUGUUUAGACUUUUUGGCUGUAAUAUGUAAUGGGAUCAUGAUAAUGUCUAGAUCCGCCUGAAAGGGAUGUGUAGGAGUAUUAAUAAGAAGGCCAGCUGUCUUGAGAAUGGGUCAUGAAAAAGCACUUGCUUUGUAUAUUAACCCUUUGUCUAGGAAUGACCUAUAUCCUGAUUGAGACAGGUUGAUAUAAGACGCUUCUGCUUUUUUUUUACCCUUCUUCACUAAUAAUAGACAGCAGAAAGAAUAGCAAAAAAAGAUGGAUCGCUUUGACCACUUUCUGAUUCGCUCCUAUCUUCGGAACUGUUUCAUGGCAUAUAGAUCUCUUCUCCACCAGUUUGAGCGUAACUGGGCAAAGGUCAUAACGUGGUAUGGACUCAAUGUACAAAGACCUAGUCACUGUAUUGUACAAUUAAAACAACGUCACGCAUAGG